CGGAGCAUUCAAGACGCAGCCAAUCAGCGUGCAUCAAGCGAGGAUUUAAACCAAGAGGCUGAAACUAAAAACUUACACCUCAUCAUUCUCCAUUACGAUUCUCCAUCUGUUUGUUGAAGCAACGCAUAUUUCGAAAUGGCUCUUCGAGUAACCAGAAACCGCUUGGCUUCUACCAGGACCGACCUCGGUGGGAAGGCCUGCUCGGUCUCCACCACCACCACCACCGGGCUGAAGCCUCGAGCAGCGCUCGGCGAGAUCGGCAACAUCGCAGUGAACAAAGAAGUGCAGAAAAAGACUGUGAAGACAGAGGCCACUAAGAAGACCAAAGUCGUUGCCACCAAGAAGGUUGAACAACCAAAACCAGAAAAUGUUGUUCCUGUUAAACCUGAGCCCGAGGUGCAGGUUGUCCCUGAACCAGCAUCCCCCUCUCCAAUGGAGACUUCUGGCUGUGCGCCUGCUGACCUCUGUCAAGCGUUUUCCGAUGUCAUGCUUCACACCGCCAUCAGGGACGUGGACGCAGAUGACUACGACAACCCCAUGCUCUGCAGCGAAUAUGUGAAAGACAUCUACAAGUACCUCCGACAGCUUGAGGUUGAGCAGGACGUCAAACCUGCUUAUCUGCAGGGUAAGGAGGUGACUGGUAACAUGCGGGCCAUUCUCAUUGACUGGCUAGUGCAAGUGAGCCUCAAGUUCCGUCUGCUGCAGGAGACCAUGUACAUGACUGUGGGAAUCAUUGACCGCUUUCUUCAGGACCACCCAGUCCCCAAGAAGCAACUGCAGCUGGUCGGCGUGACCGCCAUGUUCCUUGCUUCCAAAUUCGAGGAGAUGUAUCCCCCGGAGAUCUCAGACUUCGCCUACGUGACAGACAGGGCCUACACCACCGCCCAGAUCAGAGACAUGGAGAUGACCAUUCUCCGGGUGCUCAAGUUCCAGAUAGGCCGCCCUCUUCCCCUGCAGUUCCUCAGAAGGGCCUCAAAGAUUUAUGAGGUGACUGCUGAGCAACACACCCUGGCAAAAUACCUCCUGGAGCUCACCAUGGUCGACUACGAGAUGGUUCACUUCACACCUUCCAUGGUGGCAUGUGCUGCUUUCUCUCUUACCCUCCAGAUCUUGGAUGCUGGCGAAUGGGAUGCGACACUGCAGCACUACAUGGACUACACGGCAGAGAGUUUGCUUCCUGUGAUGGCACACAUUGCCAAGAAUGUUUUGAAGGUGAAUGAUGGGCUGACCAAGCACAUGGCAAUUAAAGGCAAAUAUUCCACUUCAAAGCAGAUGAGGAUUGCCACCAUCCCUCAGCUCAAGUCUUCAGUCGUGAAGGAUUUUGCAAAGCAGCUCACCCAGUGAGAUGACAAUGCGUUUGGCACAAUGUGCUGGAUUUGUACAGUUGUAACUUAAAACUUUUUAACGUGACAGAAGGAGCUGCACGCCAAGGACUGUCGGUGGUUUGCAUUUUAAUCAAGUGACGAUCGUUUAUACUCUUACUGACCCUUUUUUUCAAAGCAUGCUACAAGUUUUAAAUCUGAAAGCUGGCCCUCUAACCUGCACAAUGGCAGUUUAGUCUUGGAAAAAUUGACUUGCUCUGGAACCAUGUCACCGUAUCAGAAAUAUUUACUCGACAUGAGGUUCAGUUGGCUACCAAUGAAUACGCUAAUGCAGCCCAAUUCACCAUUUUCACAACGCUUCUAACACCGUUCGUUAAUGCACUACUUGGCCGACUGAAAUCUUGACCCCGACCACAAUAUUUUGAACAGUCAGCACACAAAUGUUGCUACACAACACAAUUUGACCAAGUCCCAAAUUUAUAUCCCAGUCAAGCUAUUUUUAUAGCUUAGUAACUUCUUCCAAGUGGCUGCAAAUCUAAAACUUGUGGCAUGCUUUAAAAUGGUCUCCAAUAUAAAGGGGCCUGUGGAUGAGUGUGGCUUUUAAUUUUUUUUUAUUUUUGUUAAAUGGGAGUUUCUUAAUGUCUUGAAGUGUGUAAAAUGUACAGCAAUACUUUUUAAAUGAUUUUACAUUCUUAAAUGUCUUGUACUUAAAGUUCUAUUAAAUGGUUCAUACCAGAAA